AUGGCAAUGACAAACAAUAAAACACAUUGUUUUACAUGUAAUACAGAUAAAAUAACAUAUCUUUGUAAUGGAUGUUUCAAAAAAUUUUGUUUAUUGGAUUUAACAAGACAUCGUCAAAUAUUAAAUGAAGAAUUACAUCUUAUUAUUAAUGAUUAUAAUCAAUUUAAAGAAAGAUUUGAUGACCAAAAACCGACUUCGCAUGAUCUUUCUUUAAUAGAUCAGAUUAAUCAAUGGGAAACAGAUUCAAUUGACAAAAUUAAACAAAAAGCCCAGGAGUGUAGAAAUAUUAUCAUUGACUAUUCACAAAUAUUUUUGAAUAAUACUGAAAAGAAAUUUAAUGAUUUAUAUGAACAACUAAAACAAUUUCACAAUGAAAGUGAAUUUAAUGAGAUUAAUUUAAAUUAUUUAAGACAUGAAUUAAUAAAAAUUAGAGAAGAAUCAAAUAAUAUACCAAAGACUUCUAUUUGGCUAGAUUCUCAACCAUUUAUUAAUGAAAUUUCAGUUAUUUUAUUAGAAAACAAACCAAAAUGGGAUAAAUGGAAACAAAAUGCGAUCACUGUGGCUGCUGGAAAUGGUAAUAAACAAGAAUUAGAUCAACUCUAUAGCCCUCGAGGAAUCUUUAUUGAUAAAAAGAAAAAUAUUUUCAUUGCUGAUUGGACAAACCAUCGUAUAGUUGAAUGGAAAUGUAAUGAAAAGGAAGGACAAACCAUUGCAGGUGCCGAUCGAUGGGGAAAUCAUAUGCAUCAAUUGUAUGGUCCAACUGAUGUGAUUGUUGAUCAACUAAGUCAUUCGAUCAUUGUUGCUGAUCGUGGAUAUAGACGAGUAAUUCAAUGGUUCAAUAAAAAUCAACAUAUUCUCAUUAAGAAUAUUCACUGUUAUGGCUUGGUAAUGGAUGAAUAUGGAUUUCUUUAUGUCUCUGAUUGGAAGAAGAAUGAAGUGAGACGAUGGAAAAUGGGAGAAUACAAUGAAGGAAUUGUGGUGGCAGGUGGAAAUGGGCAAGGAAAUCAACUCAACCAACUUAAUUGUCCGGGUGAUAUCUUUGUUGAUAAAAAUCAGUCUGUUUAUGUAUCAGAUAGAGACAAUCAUCGCGUGAUGAAAUGGAGAAAAGGUGCAAGAGAAGGCACAAUUGUGGCUGGAGGAAACGGUAAAGGAAGAAAUCUCAAUCAAGUAUCUUUACCUCAAGGAGUAUGUGUUGAUGAUUUGGGUCAAAUAUAUGUAGCAGAUUUUAGGAAUCAUCGUGUAAUGCGUUGGUGCGAAGGAAAAGAAGAAGGUGAAAUUGUUGUUGGUGGAAAUGGUAAAGGAAAUCAAUCAAAUCAAAUGAGUUGUCCCACAGGUUUAUCUUUCGAUGAUGAAGGCAAUCUUUAUGUUGCUGAUUAUAAAAAUCAUCGAGUUCAAAAAUUUGAAACAAUCGUGUGA